UAUUUGAAAAUGAUAAGAAGGCCAGCUACCCGUAUUGAGCUCAAAAUGGAAGAGGACUUCCAUGAAUAUGAAGAAAUGAAAGAAGAAAUGAAGAAAAAAAAUCCAAGAGAUAGCUUUAGCUCAGGUAACCAGUACUUCAGAUCUGGGAGAGCCAACCAGCCUAUGUCUGGAGACUUAAAUUUUAGUAAUAGCAACGAUGACAGCUUCAAUAUUUCUGGAGAAUUUGCGGGCUCCAGUAAUAGACAAAUGUUCAUGGGGGGUCCCAGCUUUGGCCAUGACAGCGGCAGAAACCCAUAUCCUCAAACAGAGCUUGCAAGAAUGCACGAGAUAUUGUCCAAAGGUUCCAAUGACGAGGAUGAUGAAUUUGCAGAACUUGAGAGAAGGACAAGAACAAAUUUUAGAGACGAUUAAACCAAUCUCAGUGAGAGUCUCAUAAUUUGAG